GGAGAGACAGGGGGUGGAGCAGCGAAGUUGGGAGCCGACUCUGCGCUCACAGCUGCCAAGGCAGCUGAGCCCACGUCAGGGGACGAGUCUGGAUAAAUAGGGUCCCGCAAUGGCCGUGGCCGGCUGCGCUCUGAGCUGCGGGGUCCGAGACUGGAGCUUCCGGCGCGGGUCGGUGCUCUGGAGGUUGAACGCUGGCGCUACUGGUGCUCUCUGCGCCCAGGGGCUAUCGGCAGCCAAACCCCAGAACUAUCCAUUAGUGGGGACCUGCAGGAAAGCUCACCCGCUGCUCCUAGGUAAAGAGAUAGGGAGAUCAGGGGGACUGGAAGAGAAGGGCCCUUCUUGCCAGCAGCAGCGUGGGGGGACAGUGCCAUGCUCCUCUCCAUCCUGGGGGCUUUGUGCCUGUGGCUGCGCCUGGCGCUGGGCGUGCGGGGCGCGCCCUGCGAGGCUGUGCGCAUUCCCAUGUGCCGGCACAUGCCCUGGAACAUCACCCGAAUGCCCAACCACCUGCACCACAGCACGCAGGAGAACGCCAUCCUGGCCAUCGAGCAGUACGAGGAGCUGGUGGAUGUGAACUGCAGCUCUGUGCUGCGCUUCUUCCUCUGCGCCAUGUAUGCACCCAUCUGUACCCUGGAGUUCCUGCACGACCCCAUUAAGCCCUGCAAGUCUGUGUGCCAGCGCGCACGCGAUGACUGUGAACCUCUCAUGAAAAUGUACAACCACAGCUGGCCAGAGAGCCUGGCCUGCGACGAGCUACCCGUCUAUGACCGCGGAGUGUGCAUCUCUCCCGAGGCUAUAGUCACGGACCUUCCAGAAGAUGUGAAGUGGAUAGACAUCACACCAGACAUGAUGAUGCAGGAGAGGCCUUUUGAUGCUGAUUGUAAACGUCUGAGCCCUGAUCGGUGCAAGUGCAAAAAGGUGAAGCCGACUUUGGCAACAUACCUGAGCAAAAACUACAGCUAUGUUAUUCAUGCCAAAAUAAAAGCCAUCCAGAGGAGUGGUUGCAAUGAAGUAACAACCGUGGUGGAUGUGAAAGAGAUCUUCAAGUCUUCCUCACCCAUACCUCGAACCCAAGUCCCCCUCAUCACGAAUUCCUCCUGCCAGUGUCCACACAUCCUGCCCCAUCAAGAUGUCCUCAUCAUGUGCUAUGAGUGGCGUUCAAGGAUGAUGCUUCUUGAAAAUUGUUUAGUUGAAAAAUGGAGAGAUCAACUUAGCAGAAGGUCCAUACAGUGGGAAGAGAGACUCCGUGAACAGCAGAGGACAGUUCAGGACAAGAAGCGAACAGCCAGCCGCACCAGUCGCAGUAAUCCCCCCAAGCCGAAGGGAAAGCCACCCGUUCCCAAAGCUGCCAGUCCUAAGAAGAACGUCAAAGCUAGAAGCGCCCCCAAAAAACCAAACCCGAAGAAAAGUGCAAGUUAAGUACUUUCCCAGAUGGAGCCACGCGUACAGGAUUCGGCGGUGCUGCCCGGGACAGCCUACAGACGGUCACACGCCACUUGCCUUAAGGACUCACUCCAGUUCUCCGCAUAGACGCAUCUUGUAGCACUUUUUAAAAUGAUAGCUUCCAUUUUUCUCUUUAAGCCACACAGCCCCGUGGUUGGUUGGUCCUCUGGAAUGGAAGGAGCGAGAGGGAAGGCUGGUGCACGGGUUUGCCCUCAGGGUAGCCUGCGAACGUACUCUGUGACCUUCAUGAGAUAGGAAAGGCACUUCUGUUUUGAGAGUUUGACCUCAUAUAUAAUAUACAUUUUAAAGUUCACAUAAUAUGUCAAACAAAACAGUAUUUUGGACAAAAAAAAUAUUUUAUUUCCUUUGACUUCUGUUAGGAAGUUAGUGAUUAAAUGUGAUUAAAAAUAUGCUUUUGACGAAGGCAGGAGAAUGAUACUUAACAGAUCUUCAUGUGUUUGUUGUCUGCAAACCAACAGAUAUUUCUCUGAUGAAUGGGGUUUUGAAAAAUUAGAGAUACAGGAAAUCGUCAGACUUUCAAUUCUGUCUUUAGCCAGAAACUUUGAAAACUAAGCUAACAAUGACAAAUAAAAAGGAGAGGCAGACUGGCAAGGCCUACGUUCUUAUUGUGUGGAUGUCAUACCAUGCUGAAGAUGCUCUGAUCAUUUUAAAAUGCUUCUCACCAGUGUCCUGUGAGCCGCACCGUGAAACGUAUGCUUUUUUCCCCUUUAUAAGCCAGGCACCAAGGAGCCAGUUAACCUGAUAGGAGAGCUGGGGCACUUAUCUCAUGCUCGGGACAUCUUAGUACUCCCCACUCACAAAUAGGACAGGAUAUUCUCUGUGCGCUUGCAGGUCCUCACAUUCAUAUCUGUGGAGCUGUGGUGCCUGCAGUGCCCAACCUGGUUCAUACUGUGCUAUGCCGUGGGCACUGCACUCACUGUUCUCUUGGUCCAGGGUGCAGAGGCCAUUUAGCUACUCACUACACGUGGAAUUAACAGAACAAUAUGAAAACUUAAGACUUAGAUUUACCAUUGGCCCUGCUAGUCAAAGGAAAGGUAAGUGAUAUGUCACACCCGUAGUCAUUAGACACUGAAAUGAUCACAGCAGGGGCAAGAGGAAAAACGGUUCUAUCGAGAAGUAUCAAGUAUACACUGAUUGCCUCCUGAAGUCUAAACUUUGUUUGCAUUGUGACCCUAAGCUGAUAGCUGAAGAAACACAAGAGCAUCAAUAAAACACAAAGUAUGUGAUCCUGCUGAAUAAAAUCUGAC